AUGAUUUUGAGUUAAGCAGCAAUAAGAAUAAAAAAAAUUAAGAAAUAGCCAGAACAGAAGAAUAAGUAUCAUAAAAAGAUAGUACAAAUACACAGAACCAAAGAGAAUCAAAAAAUUAAAAUGCUAAUGAUGCAUUACCUCAUGUUAUAGAUCUUGGAGAUUUAAGAAAAGACAGUAAAAAAGGUAUCUUAUAAAUUAAAAGCGCUUCAAAUCAAUUGGUUUCAACUGCUUCUGGUAUCAAAACAUAUCUAGACAAUGAAGAAAGUCCUAAAGUUUAGAAGAAAAAAUAAAUUUACUAAAAUAAGAGAUAAUUGUCUAUUCUUUCAAAUGAAGUAUAACAAAACUAAGUAAGUCAGCUGUAACUAAAUUAAGAAUAAAUUAAACUGA